CUUGACGUUGAGCAGAAUCUCUCCUGUAUCCUGGGUUUGACCACCACUGCAUUGACCUAUUACCAGCCAUUAUCCUCGAAAUAUCUCACCGAGUUACGCAGUUCAUAAAACCCCUUGCUUACAGAUUUGGACGAGCUCCAGCGCCGAAUUGUAUUCGAACUCUGCGGCCGCGAGCCUUCUAGCUCGUAAUCAUUCGUUGCCUUUAUAACCAAAAUAGCCACAUAUCCUUUUCUUCCCUCCAUUUUGGUACGACACGACACAACCAUGUCCGCAGAAGUUAGUCACGCCGCAUCACAAAUCUUGGCUUCCGGUAGCGAGCGCGACCCAAGCUACAACGAUUUCUCCUUCACCCCCUUCUUGCGCAAUAGCUUUGGCUUCGGACUUGCCUGUGAUGUACCUGUCUGCAAGGCAUACAGUGAAGGCCAUUGUCCCUUAGGGCCUGCCUGCCCCGAUCGACAUCCGACCCCAUCACGAGUGACGACGUCCACGACUACCGCUUCCGGAUUGGCACCGUCUACGACGCACGGGUCACUCGUCUGCAAGCACUUCCUCAAGGGGCUGUGCAAAAAAGGCCUCAAAUGUGAAUAUCUCCAUGAAUACAACCUUCGCCGGAUGCCAGAGUGCCAGUCCUUUUCGCGGUCAGGUUACUGUCCGAAUGGUGACGACUGUUUGUAUCAGCACGUGCGGGAGCAGGCUCGAUUACCGCCGUGCGAACACUACGAUCGGGGGUUUUGCCCGUUGGGACCGCUAUGUGCUAAACGUCAUGUGCGCCGACGUUUGUGUCAGUACUACCUGGCAGGGUUCUGCCCGGAAGGCAAGGGUUGCGCGGACGCUCAUGCCCGGUGGAUUGAGAACCUGCCCAAGCCGUCAAUUAGGGUGGAGAAGACUGAGGAGGAAUUGGAGCGAGAGAGGAUUUUAAUCCGGGAGGAACAGGAAAGAGAAAAGGAACGAGAACGAGAAUGGAGGAGUGAGCGGGGACGCGGGGGUGGAUUCAUGCGUGGUCGUUUUAGAGGCCGGGGACGGGGGCUAUAAGCGGGGACAUGUCCUGUGGGAGUUUUGGAUAGGAGAGAAGAGAAGGUUAUUUGUUCGUGGUGGAUUUAAGCUUAUUACUAGAACGUUUGAGAUACCCAAGUUCAGGCAUUGACAAUCUAUCCGUAUGUACUCUGUAUGAUCUAGUGAACUAUAAUAGCGGUUGCUAUAGGGUAUAACACAAAGAGAACAAUGCCGUGGCCUGUCAUUGUAUCUGAUUCCGUGUAACACAGUCCAGCCACAGAUCGGACUCUCGAUUAAGGUGACAUGGCGUCGUUGUACCUUCCGGAGAGUGGAUGACAUCACGACAGCGAGGCCA